AUGGACGAUGAGCCCGAGUCGCCUAGUCAGACCGCCUACCGCCCGGUGCCAAAGUCGACCUGCGCGACGGUCCUCCUCUUUGGGGCCGACGGCAACCUCGCGUCCACGCGGGUGCUGCCCACGCUCCACCUGCUGUGGCAGCGAGAGCUGCUCCCGCCCGACCUGCUGAUAGUCGGCUUUGCGCGGCCGGUGGGUGGAGGCGGCACGAUCGCCGACACUGCCGCCUUCCGUGAGUAUGUGGGGCGCUGCUGCGGCGGCAGCCCUGCCGCAUUCCUGCAGCGCUGCCACUAUGCGACGGGCCAGUUUGACGACAGAGCCGCCGUGGGCCGCUGCCUGCAGCAGGUUGCGGGGCUCGAGGCGGAGCGUGCCGCUGGGCGCGCGGGCGGUUCGGCGGCGGAGGGGUGCGUGCGGAUGUACUACGCCGCGGUCCCCGCCUUCAUCUACGCGCCCCUCACGCGCGCCCUCUGCGAGAACGGCGUCGGCGCCGCGGACGGCGCGCUCAAGGAGCGCUUCGUGUUCGAGAAGCCUUUUGGGCACGACACGGCCUCGUGCGAGGCGCUCGUGGCGGACCUCGCGCGCCUGCCCGGCCGCGACGUGUUUUGGAUGGACCAUUACUUGGGGAAGGAGCUCGUGAUGAACCUGCUCAUCCUGCGCUUUGCAAACAUCUGCUUUGGCUCGCUGUGGAACCGGCACGCUGUCAAGGCGGUGCAGGUCAUCUUCAAGGAGGAGCGCGGCAUCGAGGGGCGCGGCGGCUACUUCGACCAGUACGGCAUCAUUCGCGACGUGAUGCAGAACCACCUGCUGCAGAUGAUGGCUCUCGUCGCGAUGGAGCAGCCUCUCACUCUCUCCGCCGAGCACAUCCGAACCGAGAAGCUCAAGGUGCUGCAAGCCAUCGCGCCUCUCGCCGCCGACGACGUGGUGCUCGGCCAGUACAGCCGCUCGCAGGUGGGCUGCGGGUACCUCGAGGAGCCGUCGGUGCGCAACAAGGCCUCCUGCACCGAGACGUUUGCGGCGGCAGUGCUCCACAUCGACAACCCGCGCUGGGCGGCAGGCGUCCCGUUCGUCCUCAAGGCGGCACAGGCCGUCACCGAGAACAAGGUGGAGCUGCGCAUCCAGUUCCACGGAGUGCCCGGCGCCGUCGCGACGCUCCGCUCCUGCGAGGCGAACGAGCUCGUCGUGCGCGUGCAGCCCGAGGAGGCCAUCUACUGGAAGGUGCAGAGCAAGGUGCCCGGCCUGCGCUCCGACCAGGUGGAGCAGGUGCGGAUGGACCUCCUCUACUCGAGGCUCGCCAGGAAGCUCGAGCGCAAGCUGCCGCAGGCGUACGAGCGGCUGCUGCUCGAGGUGAUUGCAAACGACCACUCCCACUUCGUCUCGCCGGAGGAGCAGCUCGAGGCGUGGCGCAUCUUCACGCCCGCGCUGCACCACUUGCGCGACGCGAAGCUGCCGCCGCACCGCUACCCGGUUGGCUCGCGCGGCCCCGCCGCCGCCGACCAGCUCGCGAAGCGGUACGGCAUGCGCAAGUUUGGUGGCGGACUCACUCCCUAUGUCAUGCCGUUCAAGCCGAGCCACACCCCAGGGGUCGUGCCGGCGUCGCGAUGGAGCUGA